AUGCUCUCUCUCUCUUCCUCAUCCUGCCUCUCCUUCCCCUUCCUAUUCUACUUCUUCUCCUUCGCCAUCUUAUUCUCCCCUUCCUUUGCGCCGCCCCACUCGCCGCCAGACUGGCAGGGUGAGUCCGCUCACUCUGGAAGCCUGGAAUGUUUGUUCUCUUCUAGACAAUCCGAGGAGCAACAGACCGGAACGGGGGACGGCGCUAGUGGCUCGGGAACUGACACGGUACGAUGUGGACAUCGCCGCAAUCAGCGAGACCCGAUUCUCUGAACACGGUGAACUGGAGUAG